AAACCCGGAAGCGAGGGAGGAACUUCGGAGCGGUCGCCCGGGUUACCGGGAGGCGGAGCCGCCGAGCUCGCUGUGGCCCGGAUGUUUGGUGCAGCUGCCAGAUCCGCUGAUCUAGUGCUUCUCGAAAAAAACCUUCAGGCGGCCCAUGGCAUGCCUUGGACUUUAUUGUGGGAAGACCCUAUUAUUUAAAAAUGGCUCAACUGAAAUAUAUGGAGAAUGUGGGGUAUGCCCAAGAGGACAGAGAACGAAUGCACAGAAAUAUUGUCAGCCUUGCACAGAAUCUCCUGAACUUUAUGAUUGGCUCUAUCUUGGAUUUAUGGCAAUGCUUCCUCUGGUUUUACAUUGGUUCUUCAUUGAAUGGUACUCGGGGAAAAAGAGUUCCAGCGCACUUUUCCAACACAUCACUGCAUUAUUUGAAUGCAGCAUGGCAGCUAUUAUCACCUUACUUGUGAGUGAUCCAGUUGGUGUUCUUUAUAUUCGUUCAUGUCGAGUAUUGAUGCUUUCUGACUGGUACACGAUGCUUUACAACCCAAGUCCAGAUUACGUUACCACAGUACACUGUACUCAUGAAGCCGUCUACCCACUAUAUACCAUUGUAUUUAUCUAUUAUGCAUUCUGCUUGGUAUUAAUGAUGCUGCUCCGACCUCUUCUGGUGAAGAAGAUUGCAUGUGGGUUAGGGAAAUCUGAUCGAUUUAAAAGUAUUUAUGCUGCACUUUACUUCUUCCCAAUUUUAACCGUGCUUCAGGCAGUUGGUGGAGGCCUUUUAUAUUACGCCUUCCCAUACAUUAUAUUAGUGUUAUCUUUGGUUACUCUGGCUGUGUACAUGUCUGCUUCUGAAAUAGAGAACUGCUAUGAUCUUCUGGUCAGAAAGAAAAGACUUAUUGUUCUCUUCAGCCACUGGUUACUUCAUGCCUAUGGAAUAAUCUCCAUUUCCAGAGUGGAUAAACUUGAGCAAGAUUUGCCCCUUUUGGCUUUGGUACCUACACCAGCCCUUUUUUACUUGUUCACUGCAAAAUUUACCGAACCUUCACGGAUACUCUCAGAAGGAGCCAAUGGACACUGAGUGUAGACAUGUGAAAUGCCAAAAACCUGAGAAGUGCUCCUAAUAAAGAAGUAAAUCAAUCUUAACAGUGUAUGAGAACUAUUCUAUCAUAUAUGGGAACAAGAUUGUCAGUAUAUCUUAAUGUUUGGGUUUGUCUUUGUUUUGUUUAUGGUUAGACUUAUAGACUUGGAAAAUGCAAAACUCUGUAAUACUCUGUUACACAGGGUAAUAUUAUCUGCUACACUGGAAGGCCGCUAGGAAGCCCUUGCUUCUCUCAACAGUUCAGCUGUUCUUUAGGGCAAAAUCAUGUUUCUGUGUACCUAGCAAUGUGUUCCCAUUUUAUUAAGAAAAGCUUUAACACGUGUAAUCUGCAGUCCUUAACAGUGGCAUAAUUGUACGUACCUGUUGUGUUUCAGUUUGUUUUUCACCUAUAAUGAAUUGUAAAGACAAACAUACUUGUGGGGUCUGAUAGCAAACAUAGAAAUGAUGUAUAUUGUUUUUUGUUAUCUAUUUUCAUCAAUACAGUAUUUUGAUGUAUUGCAAAAAUAGAUAAUAAUUUAUAUAACAGGUUUUCUGUUUAUAGAUUGGUUCAAGAUUUGUUUGGAUUAUUGUUCCUGUAAAGAAAACAAUAAUAAAAAGCUUACCUACAUAAAA